UAAACAGCGUGGAUUGCAGUAACAGGCCUCCCUGUGAGUGGAGAGUCUUAUUCCCAACUCUCUUUGCCUACCUUAUGCUCACCCCACGGUUAUAUAACCUUUAGAAUGGAAUCUGGAAAUUCUUCUGACCCUGCCCUGCUUGCUUAUAGAGCAGAGCCAGUGGCUGGCAGGGGUACAAUCUAAUAGGCAAAACUGGAAACACACAAAUUCAGUCCUCUUGUCUUAGCCCAGAGACUGUGCAGGCAAGGAAAGAAAGACUGCCCCUGUCUCUCUCCUCCCCUCCUCUGGCCUAAGUUUACGCUGACUUCACCCAACAGGCACCUGACCCUCCCAGAUGAGCUGGGAGGGGCUAAAGCGCUAUGCACGGCCAUGGUAGGGGUGGAGGUGCAGGCAGAAAACAAUAUUUAAGAUGCUGAGUUUGUCGAGCAUUCAGUCUUGGGAAGGAAGGCUAUAGGAUACCCAAUUAAGCUGCGCGUUCAGAAACUCAAGUUUUGAGAAAGGCUAAGAAAGAGCAAGGGGAGAGGAACAACAAAGUGCUAAGUCCACCAAGAGCGAAAGGGCUAGGUUCUAAUUUGCCGCAGCUCUGCACGCCUCAGCUGGACACAGCCAGAUUCCCCCAGAGGAAGAGCCUUCCUCAACCAGGCCCACGAAAGAUGCUGAAAGAGACUCUCUCGGCCGUGGCCUGGCUCUGCAUUUUCACUGUGGCCUUUGUCAGCCACCCAGUGUGGCCACAGAAGCCCCCUAAGCGCAAGACACCUGCAGAGCUCACCGUGGCCGACUGCUGUGAGGAGGCGAAGGAGCUCAGGGCCCAAAUUGCCAACCUAAGCAGCCUGCUGAGCGACCUGAGCAGGAAGCAGGAAAGGGACUGGGUCAGCGUGGUCAUGCAGGUGAUGGAGCUGGAGAGCAAUUCCAAGCGCAUGGAGUCGCGGCUCACAGAGGCCGAGAGGAAGUACUCCGAGAUGAACAAUCAGAUGGGCAUCAUGCAGCUGCAGGCAGCGCAGACUGUCACCCAGACUUUGGCAGAUGCCAUCUACGACUGCUCGUCUCUCUACCAGAAGAACUACCGCAUCUCUGGAGUGUAUAAGCUUCCUCCCGAUGACUUCCUGGGCAGCCCUGAGCUGGAGGUGUUCUGUGACAUGGAGACUUCAGGUGGUGGCUGGACCACCAUUCAGAGAAGAAAGAGUGGCCUUGUCUCCUUCUAUCGGGACUGGAAGCAGUACAAGCAGGGCUUUGGCAGCAUCAGUGGGGACUUCUGGCUGGGGAACGACCACAUCCACCGGCUCUCCAGGCGGCCAACCCGGCUACGCGUGGAGAUGGAGGACUGGGAGGGCAACAUGCGCUACGCUGAGUACAGCCACUUUGUUUUGGGCAAUGAACGGAACAGCUACCGCCUCUUCCUGGGGAACUACAGCGGCAACGUGGGGAACGAUGCCCUUGUCUAUCACAACAACACAGCCUUCAGCACCAACGACAAGGACAAUGACAACUGCUUAGACAAGUGUGCCCAGCUCCGGAAAGGUGGAUACUGGUACAACUGCUGCACAGACUCCAACCUCAAUGGUGUUUACUACCGCCUUGGGGAGCACAGCAAGCACCUGGACGGCAUCACCUGGUACGGCUGGCAUGGGUCUAGCUACUCCCUCAAACGAGUGGAGAUGAAAAUCCGCCCAGAAGACUUCCAGCCGUAAAAAGAAGCCUGCUCUGGAGCAGGGCUGGAGAAGUGGAGACAAACGGAGGCUGGGAAAAGGCAGAGGAGGAGAGGAAGGGAGUAUAAAAAGGGCAGGGACAGAAAAUGGCCUAUCAUCUUCAGUGAGAGAGUAAGUCUCUUAGGAGAACCAAAAAAUCUAUGUACUGAGGAUGUUACAGUAAAUGGGAGGAAAUAUUUAAUUAAACACAGUGGGUCCAGACACAGACUGCUCAGGGGGCUGGCCUGAGUGGGCUGUCUGCCUGUGAUCCCUGACAUAGCAGCAGCUUCUUUUCCACAUGAUUUUUCUGUGAAAGAAAAAUAAUUGUGAGUUCACUUUAAGCAUUUUCCUUAAGGCCUAGGUUACGUGAGGGCAGAAAAUAAAUGCCUUUGCUGAAAAGGACCAGAUUAUUUUGAUUCUCUUGGGUGUUAGAGAAAGGAGUGAAGAGGGUGGUGGAGGAGAGGAGUUUCUGCUUUUAAAUCCAAUGAAAUUAUCUUCAGUCUACACAAUUUUUUUUUUAAAGACAAAAAUUUUUCUGCUGGAGGUGAACGGACCCAGGCUGGAAUUGACUGGAGGAAACUCCACGGCUCUGGGCCUUGCAAUUGGCCUCUGAGCACCUCCCCUGCUCGGCCUCGGUCAGGGCCCAGCACUGAGAGGCAGGAAGUGGGUCCAGUGGUGGCAGGAGCUCCAGUGGGAGGGGAAGAUAAGUCCCUGUGGACGCUUGCAAAAAACUGCCUUAAAAUCUUCACAGUCAAUACAGAUUUGUCUAUUUUUAUUUACUUUGUAAGAAAAGGGCUCAAAGAGCUUCCUCUUUUAUCUCAUCUAUAAAAAAAUGGCUGAAACAGGAAGUUAAAUGGCACUAUGGUUAAGAAAUAAUUCACGCUGUAUAUAAGCAUUUUGCUUUGUAGAAAUACAACAUUGUAGUUCGUUUUAAACAUUGAAAGUUUUUUCUUCCUUCUACAAUAAACUCUUUUAAACCUCG